CAAGCCCCACAACAGCCCAGUGACUUGGUAGUUAGUCAUUUGCAAGCGAACUGUGAGGCCGCGCUCGACAAAAUGCUGUGGAAGUUUUCAAUUCUUUCGAUGAUGGUGCUUUUAGCAUGUGCCCAAUGUAGUAGGGCACAGGAGUGCUUCACACCGAAGAUUUACAGUGAAAUUGGAUGCAAACCAGUGCUUGAGGAGGAGGAUGGUGAGGAGAGCUGCCCAAAGCGCUUUGAUUGUGAUACAGUGUUAGGCAGGAAGGGCAAUGGGUGCUUCUUCCAGGGCGUCGCGUACAAUGAUGGUGAUGAAAUUCCUCAAAAUCUCACAAGAAGCCUCUGCCAGGCAUCUUGCUUGUGUCGCAAUGGAAUCAUCACCUGUGCAAGCAUUGAAUGCCCCGACCUAUUCGGGCCCUACAUGGAGGGUUGUAUUCCACAGAAUAGCAUGGGUAGUUGCUGUCCAGAAGAAUAUGUGUGUGCUGAAAAAGAUAUUGAAAAACUCUCAAAGUGCUACAUGAAUGGCAAUGAACACCGUGCUGGGGAAAGUAUGUAUCCAGAACGGGAAUACUGCUACACCUGCAUCUGUGCCGAAGGUUUCGAUAACACCACUAAACUCGAAGAAAAUCCCAAUUGUAGCCCCGUUGAAUGUGGCAUUGAGCUCCAUUCUUCGGAUCGCGUUAGAACUGGAUGUACUCCCAUCUACUACAAAACACCCACAUGUUGCCCCAUCGGAUGGCGAUGCCCGGAAUCUUCGGAUGCAGUGAUUGAGGGCAAGGAGCACACAAAUGAGGAUCCUAACAUGGAAUGUACUUUUGGGGAAUUGAAACUUAAAAUUGGACACAAACUUUCAACUGCAAAUGGGUCCGCCGUUGAAUGUCAAUGCAGUGUCCCCCCGAUGGUUACCUGUAUUCAAGCAUCUUGAGUUACAAAAAUAUUUAUUGUAAAAAAACUUAUAUACAUAUAUGAACAAAAGUAUUCAGUAAUAAAUAUAAAUAAUUUGAA